AGUUAAGACAUGGAUCAUCACACCAGUAUACAAAAAAGAAGAAUAAUAAAAUGUCCACAGAUACGUUUAUAUAGGUUUAUUUCAUUUGUUGCAGGCAGUGAUGUAUUCAACAAAUGAUAACAACUAAUAACAGACAGUUUUAGAGCAUCGCAAGCUACAAAUGAAGAGCCCAAAGAACUGAAAUCAAUGUAUAGGCUACAACUAGCUGAAGUUUGCUGUGCUUUAUCCUAACAUUACACAAAGAAUGCCUGCAAUCAUUCAGUCAGGGACGACUGCACAAAACGUGCACUGUAAAGUAAUAAAAACAUCAAUCAGAAAAUCUCGAAAACCAAAAAUCUGGUAACACCGGCAAGUGUUUUGACUGAACAGCAGGAGGAGAAACAGGAAGUACAGAGGAACACAGCUCAUAAGCACAAGGUACACAAAAGAGCAGUCUCUCGCUUGAAGCCGCAGACUAUGGAGGAAAAUACAACACAAGAUGAAAUUAACCAGGAAGAGAAAGACAGAUCGGAAAGCAGUGAAGAAGGGCAGACAGAUCUUAAGGAAAGAGAGUUGAGACUGGUGCUGCUCGGCUCAGAGGGUGCUGGGAAAAGCAGUGCGGUCAAUGCCAUCCUGGGCGGCUUGACAUCUGAGUCUGACUGUACAGGCCCUGAGACACCAGCCACCAACUGCCAGAAGAGACGCGUGGCGCUGGCAGGACGACAGGUGGCUGUCGUGGACACACCUGACUGCCUGUGCAUCGAGCGUCCCGCUGAGGACGUUCGCCGUCAGUUUUCGCUCUGCGUGGCUUUAUCGGCCCCGGGGCCCCACGCUUUCUUACUCUGUGUCCCUGUUCACCGGCCCAGCAACCUGGAGCUCCAGAUUUUGGAGACCAUCGAGAAGGUAUUUGGCCCUGAAUCUGUCAGUAAACACGCAAUGGUGCUCUUCACUCGCAUGGACCGACUGCCUGAGGAUGUUUCUCUGGAAGAGUAUCUCAAUACACAAUGGCCUGACUUGCUAGAGCUUGUGCAAAAGUGCGGGGACCGACAUCACCCGCUGCGGCCGGGAUCCAACGUGGAGGAGCUGUUCAUAAAAGUGGAGGAGAUGGUGGAAGAAACUGGGACACAGUUCUACACCUGCCCUCUGUUGCAGGAGGCAGAGAGGAGAGUGAAAGAGAAGGAGGAGGAGAUCUGGAGAAGCAGAAGAGAAGAAGGAGAGGAUGAUUUGGAGGGAAUAAGGGCCGAAGCAGAGAAAAGUGUGGACGAUUUGGUGGUUGUGGGAAUCGCAGAGCUCUGUGUCUCCCCGCCUAACACCUCGUUCUUAUGCUGGUUGUGGGACAGUGUGGUUGGGUGGCUCCUGUGGCUCCCGAAUAUGGUGAGGGGCAGUGCUUUACUGGGGUCGAUCGUGGGGUUGUUCGUCGGGGGGCCCUUAGGAGGGGCCAUGGGAGCAGCGGUGGGCUCUGUGGCAACGGAGGUGGGUAGACGUAAACAAAAAACCAAGUGAGCACUUGAAAAUUUUGUAACAGUUUAUUGUAAUUUUCAUUAGCUCAAUAUGAAACAUCAAAAAGCAGGUCAGUUGUUCAUGUACAUUCAAUUACGAAUAUAUAGUCAGCUACAAAAAUCACUACAAACGCUAAUGCAAUGCUAUUCCAUUAAAUACAUGCCCCCCCCCCCAUUACAAACUGUAUUAUUAACUUAAUACUUAGAUUUGAAUUGAACACUUAACAUUAAUUUCAGAGUCUUAGAUUUUGGGGUAUCGACCUUUUGAUUUAAUAACAGAAGCACUUUACACAAGUUUGUGUAAAACUGAUGAUCAGGUCCAUGUUUGCUUGUUUAAUUUCUAGU